CUACAAAUUAACAAUUCAAGUAGGGGCAGACUGAAAGUUCUUAUCUUCAACAAUGGCCUUCGGUUAUAAAAGAUGCCAGAAACCAAGUCGAGAAAGAAAAUGAAAAGAAUAGAGACAUGGAAGCAACGGUAAUGGCGACGAGAUACAAGAGGGCAAUGGCUCCGCUGGACGCGAAGGCUCGAGCGAGGCUGUGGGAAGGUGGCAGACCACCAACCGCGGCCGCGAUGGCCGUCAGUUGCCGGGAUUCGACAGGGAAAUUGGAGCAAUUGGUGCACGCCUUCUAUGAGGCUUACCACACAGGAGAUAGAGUUGAGGAGGAGGAGGAGGAGGAGAGAUUGCCGGCAAAAUGGCGGCAAGCGCUCGAGGCGGAGCUGAAGGAUGCUGCGGUGGAGCCAGCCGUGGAGUGGAUUAGGAAUAAAGCGGAGGUUGCAGUUGGAGCUGCCGGUUUGGAAUGCGAUGAGGUUGUUAGGCGAAGGUUGGUUCGCUGGAUGCAGGAUGGAGGAUUGGAUGCCGGAAUUUGCAAGUCGCGGUGGUACAACCCCUCCGGCAUCCCUUUUUUUGGACUAAGACAAUUGGAUAAUGGAGGUGAGUAUCAUGAUCAGAAAUUCAAGAAUUUUUGUGCUACAAAGGGGGUUAAGCAUGAUUUCAUUGUCCCAAAAACACCGCAGCAGAAUGGUGUGGCUCAGCGCAUGAACAGAACAAUCACGGAGCGUGCUAGAAGCAGAAAGUUGCAUGCAAGCUUGCCGAAAAAGUUUUGGACCGAAGCAGUUAAUACUGCAUUUUAUCUGAUUAAUCGUAGUCCAUCAGUACCUUUGGAGAAAGGCUUACCUGACGAAGCCUGA